AUGGACCGCAAGCGCAAGAGAGAACUACGUGACCUAAAUUUGCGCGUCUGGGUAGGCGCAAAGGAUGUCUACGAAGUAGCCGACUCCCUCGACUCAUCGCUGAAGAAAAACACGGCGUUUAUUAAACGCCUACGGACAGGGCUGUCGUCUGCUGCACAAGACACUUUUUUAUCAGAGAUCCGCACGUUGUCCCUACAAAAGUACCUCUCCGAGAUCACGACAGCCACAGUUGAAGGCCUGGGUAGACUCAAGACUGCGAGUGAGAUUGCCACCGGUGUCGAAGUGGUCAGUGCACUACACCAAAGAUUCGGACCGCAAGAAUUUACCAAACAACUGGCAUGGCUUCUCGGCAAAGGGUUGACUCCUCCCGACAAAGCUCAGAUGAAGCUUUGGAGCCCAGAGGUUCGCGAACGUGAAGAGAAGGAGCGCCUAGUCCGACACAGGGUUCUCCUUCGCGUAGUCACCGAAUUUUGGCUGUGCGGUAUUCUUCGAAGCUUGGAUGAUGUGGAUCGACCAGAUGAAGCUACACCGCGAGGCAAAGAUGCCCCUUCACAAACCGAAUCCAAGCCAAAACCAAGCACAAAUGGUAUUCGACCCGACGCCCUCGUUGAGCAUGAGCCCUUCCCUCUGGAAGUUCUCAAGGAAUUGUUAGGUCAUGACCCGGAGCACGCUAACCUGAGUCUGGCCGUUCUAUUCGUGAAGAAUUUCGCCUGGGAUGUUCUGGGACUCAAACCACCGUCUGAGGAGAGCCGGAAAACUGUCGACGCAGACGGUCAUGUUGUCGAGCCUGCCAAAGACGGCGAUAGCUCCGCCGACUUCCCUGAGGAAGAUGCACCUAUUAUCCCCCAACCCGUCCGGCAGAGAUUCAUCAAUGUCUUUGAACGAUACUUGUCAAGCGUCAAGACUCAUGUCAUUCGAGACCAAAGAUCUCUCAACAAUCAAAGCCGCCGAAAUGCAGAAGCCUAUGUCAAGAGUGGCGAAAUCUUCGAAGAUAGGCAAGCGAAUUUCGAAAAGCAGGCGAAAGCUCAAGAGAGACUGGUGGCAAAUGCCCAAAUCCUUUGCGAUGUCCUCGGACAAGAAAUGCCAGACCUUGAAGAGAAAGACAGCGCAGAGACCGCUACGUCGGGGACCGUUGGCAUGAUCAAGACAGGCGAGUACCUCAAGGGCCAAGGAGAAGGCGCUGGUAUCUGGGAAGAUGAAGAAGAACGUCGUUUCUAUGAGAACUUGAUCGAUCUCAAGGGCCGUGUGCCAGGCAUUCUCCUCGAGGAUUCAAAAAAGAAGCUAGAAUCAGACGAACGUGCCGAAACCUUCACCACAUCUCUUGAAGGUGGCACGAGUAAGCCUUCGGACGGUGACGACCAGUCGACAGCCAUUACGAAUAAGACGGUUGGUGCACAGGUUGAUGCCAUUCUCCUACGCCUGCCGGAACUCCAGACCAAAGAUAUGGUCGAUCAGAUUGCCUUGGACUUCUGCUUCUUGAACUCGAAAGCCUCUCGAAAUCGUCUGGUCAAGGCGAUCCAGGAGGUUCCCAAAGGUCGGAUCGACCUGCUCCCUUUAUAUGCGCGGCUUGCCGCCACUCUUGGACAGUACAUGCCUGAUGUUGUGCAAGGGCUGAUUUCGCACCUUGAUGAUGAAUUUCGAAGCCUUCAGAGAAGGAAAUCCAAAGACUUCCUUGGGCAGAUUCGCAUGGCCAACAUCCGUUACCUGGCGGAACUCACAAAGUUUGGGAUCGUCCCAGAGCACGUCAUUUUCCACUGUUUUAAAGUCAGUUUGGAUGACUUUUCGAGAAUGAAUAUCGAGAUCAUCGCCCAUCUACUGGAAAACUGUGGUCGAUAUCUCCUUCGAAAUCCCGAGACUUCUCCUCGGAUGACGUCUUUCCUCGAGACGUUGAACCGCAAGAAGUCUGCACAGCACAUGGGGGCUCAAGAGCGCAUGUUGAUCGAAAAUGCUUUGUACUACGUUGACCCUCCUCAGCGGGCUGCCAUCCAACAAAAAGAACGCACCCCGACGGAGCUCUUCGUUCGACAGCUGGUAUAUAUGGAAAUGACCAAACGCAACUACAUGAAGGUUCUCAAGACCAUCCGAAAACUGCAUUGGGAAGAAAAGGAAGUUGUCCAGAUGCUAGAGAAGAUUUUCAGCAAGCCUGGCAAAGUCAAGUUCAGCAACAUCCAUCUCCUCGCCGUUCUCCUCCAGGCGCUUUUCCGGUAUCAUCAAGACUUCGCUGUCGGAAUUAUCGAUAAUAUCCUGGAACAAAUUACUCUUGGCCUGGAGCAGAACGACUUCAAAUUCAAUCAGCGAAGGGUUGCUGAAGUCAAAUACCUGGGAGAGCUCUACAACUACAAGAUGAUCGACUCAACCGUGGUAUUCGACACCUUGUAUCGGAUCGUGACAUUUGGUCAUGAAGGAGGGACACCGCAGCCUGACAACUUUACACCGUUUGAUCCGCCUGAUGAGUACUUUCGCAUCCGAUUGAUAUGUACUCUCCUCGACACUUGUGGAAUCUGUUUUGACCGAGGUAGCUCCCGCAAGAAGCUCGACUUCUUCCUGACCUUUUUCCAAUACUACAUGGCUACAAAGGAUCCCCUGCCCAUGGAAAUUGAUUUUCUGGUGCAAGACACGUACUCUCUUGUCCGCCCUAACUGGAAACUGGUUACGGAGCUUGGCGAGGCAGCGAAACUAUUUGCUGAAGCAGUAAGCGCAAAUUACAAACAGCAGGGGGGGGAGAAGAGCGUAGAGCAGCCGGAAGACAUUGAAGACUCUGGCUCCGAGGAUGCACUUGGCGAAGGUGAUGCUGAACUCGAAGCUGAAAUUGGGCGAUCGUCAGACGAGGAAGCCGAGGUUGCCGCAGAAGAGGACACUGGUGAGGAAAAAGAAGACAUUGACUCCGAUGAAGAAGAACAGAUUGUCGUCUUGCGUCAAGAGGAACACCUUGAUCCGGAGGCCGAGGCCGAGUUUGACCGAGCGUUCGAGAAGAUGAUGGCUGAAAGCUUGGACUCCCGCAAAUUUGAACGCAAAACUCACUUCGACGUGCCUUUGCCAAUUCGAAAAAUUCAACGAGCGCAGGUCGAGCCAAGUGACGAGGAACCCGGUCCUGUUCCAGAAUCUGAAUCGAAUACAAUGGCGUUUUCGUUGAUGACCAAAAAGGGGAAUCGACAACAAGCAACUUUUCAGACAAGGACAAUCGAAUUACCGGCCGACUCGAGCUUUGCCGUCUCAAUGAAAUCACAGCAAGCCGCAGAGAGGGAGGAACAACAGCGCAUCAAGAAUUUGGUCCUGAAUUACGAUUUGCGCGAAGAUGACCAGCACGAUGGUAUUUCCAAUGGAUUUCCUUGUGACCCUAUUGUCCAACCUCCCCUGGAGAAGAACCCCAAUACUAAAGGCCGCAAAUUAGGACCCGAUCAUUACAAUCCUUCCCUCAGUCGUGCUGAGAGGUCGGGGCGCCAUGCGCCCCGAGCAAGAAGACUCAAUCUGAGCGACGUUGACUGGUACGGCACUAUCAAGACCCCUUCAUACCCCUAG